AUGCGCUGUGGUUGCGGCUGCAAUGGUGCCGUCGCUUGGGCCCCAAUUGAGGGUGCAUGGAAAGUCAAAGUAGCGCUCUCUGUUAAGAUCAACGAGAUGCUGAGUAAUUUUGGUUACCAGCCAUGGAUAGCAUGGCUCCCGGCCACCCCAUCAACACAUACAAUGGUCUCAGUGAGGACGACGAGGAUGACGAGGAGGAUGAGGAGGAAGUGGCGGCCGCCGACGGUCCAGAGGAGGACGCCAGCUCCAGCGGGGACGAGGCCGAGGAGUGCCCGGUGCCGGCCGCGCUGCCGGUCGAGCCCGGCUGUGCGGCUGAGCAGCGCGCCGCCGGCCUCUCGCGGGAACUGUACCAGGGAUACAGAGUGCUGCGGGAGUUGAUGUCUGCGGCGAAUCGCACUUUCAACUGGCCGUUCAUGAACGCUGUGAACGCCGAGGGCGCACUGUGGGACUACAAGACAAUCAUCAAGGAACCCACCUGGCUCAAGAAAGUACGGGACCGCCUGCUGGACGGCGCCUACGCCUCACUGACGCCGCUGUUCCGCGAGCUGCGCCUCAUGCUGCGCAACUGCUACCGCUACAACGGGCCGCAGCACAGCAUCACGCGGCGCGCGCUCCGGCUGGAGCAGACCAUGGAGCAGCUGAUCGACCAGAUGGAGCCCGACCUGCGUGACCAGUGUACCCUGGAGGCGACCGAGGGACCGGAGGCCGUGGUCGACACGUCACUGGUCAGCCGGAGACGCUCCGCUAGGGGCAAGAAGCCCACGUACUUCUCACACGUGCUGCACGCGGUGCGCCACGAGCGCGCCGAGCGGGAGAAGGCGUACCGGCGUCAGCAGCUGGAGGCGCGCCGGGCGCGUGGGAGGCGGCGCUGCUAG